AAUAUGCUUUACACUUAUUCUCUUUGGCAUUUAACUUCUCUUGCUUAUUUUAUAGUAUAUUCUUGACGAGUUUUUAAAAACAUCAAGAUACUAAAAAUAUAUACAACCCAUGACUUCAAGUUUCUACUGUUAGACCAUUUCAAAUCAAUCUCCCCAUCUCAAAAUGGGAAACUGUCUUUCAAUCACGGAUCCUUCUCCCGAAGCUGUAUCAGAGAAGAUUCUCAAAGCACUUCCCGUGGAAACUCCUUUCAAGUUUCCCUCACCACUGCCUACUUUGCCUCAAGGUAACGGGUUUGCGAAACAAACCAUUGACUUGGGAGGUCUUGAGGUUAGCCAAGUUUCGACAUUCAACAAGGUCUGGUCCACUUAUGAAGGUGGACCAGACAACCUCGGAGCAACCUUCUUUGAACCAUCAUCGGUCCCUUCCGGUUUCUCCAUCCUCGGUUACUACGCUCAACCAAACAACCAUCAACUAUUUGGAUGGGUACUCACAGCUAGGGAUCUCUCAAGCGACACCUUGAAAUCGCCUCUAGAUUACACCCUCGUAGCAAACACCGAGUCACUCAAGACCAAACAAGACGGACCUGGAUACAUCUGGCAGCCCGUGCCGCCUGAUGGAUACCAAGCCGUUGGUUUAUUAGUCACAACCACCUCUCAAAAGCCUCCUCUAGACAAACUACGUUGUGUUAGGUCAGACUUAACCGAACAGUGUGAAGCUGACACAUGGAUAUGGGGAACAAACGGAGUCAACGUCUCAAACCUAAGACCGAACAUUAGAGGGACACAAGCUACAGGAGUCUGUGUCGGAACAUUCACAUGGCAACCUCAAAACUCAUCUCCUCCAUCUUUAGCUUGCUUGAAGAACACGAAACUAAACUUCUCCACCAUGCCAAACGGGUCCCAAAUCGGUGUCUUGUUCAACACGUAUUCUCCAUUGAUCCAUCUCCACCCAGACGAAGAAUACCUACCUUCUUCUGUCAACUGGUACUUCAGCAACGGUGCCUUGCUUUACAAGCAAGGUCAAGAAUCAAACCCUAACCCUAUCGAAUCCAACGGAGCAAACCUUCCACAAGGCGGAUCUAACGACGGUUCAUACUGGCUAGACCUGCCUAGAGACAAGAAGGCCAAAGAGAGAGUUAAGAAAGGUGACUUGCGGAACACGAAAGCGUAUCUCCACAUCAAACCAAUGCUCGGAGCAACGUUCACCGACAUAGCCAUCUGGCUAUUCUACCCUUUCAAUGGUCCCGCACGUGCUAAAGUCAAGUUCAUCAACCUACCGUUAGGGAGGAUCGGCGAACACAUUGGUGAUUGGGAACACGUGACGUUACGUAUAAGCAACUUCACCGGAGAGCUAUGGAGAGUGUUCUUGUCUCAGCACAGCGGAGGAGUUUGGCUCGACGCUUGUGACCUAGAGUUCCAAGGAGGAGGAAGCAACAAGCCUGUGGCGUACGCGUCGCUUCACGGACACGCAAUGUAUGCUAAACCUGGACUUGUGUUGCAAGGAGACGGUGAUGUUGGGAUAAGGAACGAUACGGCGAAGAGUAAGAAGGUGGUUGAUACGGGGUUAGGGUACGAGGUGGUUGCGGCGGAGUAUGAAGGCGGAGGAGUGGUGGAGCCGCCGUGGCUGAAUUAUUACAGGAAGUGGGGACCUAAGAUUGAUUAUAGCGUUGAUGAUGAUGUUAAGAGGGUGGCGAGGCUGUUGCCUGGAGCUUUGAAGAAGGCUUUUGACAACUUUGCGAAGAAGAUUCCUGAUGAAGUGUAUGGUGAAGAUGGGCCUACUGGGCCUAAACUCAAGGGAAACUGGGCUGGUGAUGAAAAAUGAUGAUUUUAUUAUUUAGUUUUCAUGGAAGUUGUUUGGUUUGAUUCUUUGUAAUAUACUGUAUAUCACAUUCUUUGUAUGUUCUAUGUAAAAAGGUUAUGCUAACACUCUAUUUGAUUUAUCUAUUUGUUUUAUGUUACA